AGUGUGCCUUUGCGUCUUCUCUAUGCUUUUGACGACCCGAAGCUUCUCCGAAUCUCAGUCUCUUUCCUUUCCUUCUCUUUCAAUUCCCAAUUCUAUUUAAACCUCUUUCAGAAACCCUAAUUUCCCCUAUAAUCAAUUAAUUGCUCAAUUGAGUUUCUCUAUGAUCCUUCCCAAGUCACUAGAUAUCAAUUUAAUUCAAAUUUAUUCUAAUUAACAAUCUCAUACAGUUGAUCACAACUAGCUCGUAUCAAUGGCGAAACAAUUCAACGUUCCGCCAGUGAUAUUCCCCUCCGGCGUACAACACCGCCGGCCUCCGACAGCUCCAUUUCAGCCGCCGAUAUCUUCAAACCCUAGCAUCCCUUUCAUGUCCUUCGACGUUACCUCGGCGGCUGCUUCCACUUCAUUCUCCACUCCACAUUUCGCCUCUACCACCAUCGGUGCAGGCGGCUCAACUGGCUUUGAAGAUGAGCCGCUGUUACUAGAGGAGCUCGGGAUCAACACAAAACAAAUUUACCAAAAGACCCUGUCCAUUCUCAACCCAUUUAAAAUCAAAACAGAUCUUCAUGAAGACGGUGACUUAUCCGGGCCGUUUAUAUUUUUAAUGUCAUUUGGGCUUUUCCAAUUAUUAGCUGGAAAGAUUCAUUUUGGGAUCAUAUUGGGCUGGGUUGUAAUGGCUUCGUUGUUUCUCUACGUAGUGUUCAAUAUGCUUGAGGGUCGAAAUGGGAACCUUGAUUUAUACAGAUGUGUUAGCCUAAUUGGUUAUUGUAUGUUGCCAAUUGUGAUAUUAUCCGUGAUUUCACUGUUUUUGCCUGGUGGAUUGGUAAUCAAGGUGUUAACGGGAGUUUUUGUUGUAUGGGCCACACGGGUUUGUACGAGGCUUUUGGUUGAGCUAGCUUCUUGUGGAGACGAGCAUCGUGGGCUGAUUGCAUAUGCUUGUUUCUUGAUUUACAUGCUUUUCUCUUUGCUAGUGAUAUUUUGAUGUUUACAGAAAGGAAAUAGAUUAGAAAUGCUGGUAUUUUGCAGCUUAUGCUUAAUACGGAUUUUAGGUAUUUUGGAGGCUUUAACUGUUCGGAUUCAAUUGUUGUUAGUUAUUGAAAAGAGAAUAGAAAAACUGAAUUAUGCAGUGUUAAUGUCACAAUGUCUCAUUAAUAUAUCCCAGUUUGCUUGUUAUACUUUGAGAGGUUUAAAAGUUAAGAGGCUCUGAACUUUUCGCCAUGUAUGCUGUUUCAAAUUUCGUGCUUCCUAAAAAUGUGUAGCUUUUUUCUUUCUCUGGGAUAUGCAGAUGAAGAUGGUUAAUUGGGCAUGGUGGUGUGCUAAAAUCUUUAGUUUUCAAAUUGAUAGCCAAGUCUUUUAGAACUGUUUUAUUUUCCUCUUUUCAGUUUCUGUGUAAAAACCAAAAGUAGAAUUAAUUUCAGUAGUGCUGUUGUUGAUA